AUGUCAGGAGAACUUGAUGCCCUGAAGCGUGAUUUUCGUAAAGAAAUGAGGGAGAUGAAAACUAGUAUGGAUUUCAUCAACAAAGAGUUUGAGUCUCUGAAAAAUGAAUGCACUGAACUAAGAAAGGAAAAUGCCACUCUCAGAGCAACGCAGGAAGCGCUCCUGCAAGAAGUUGAAGCAUUGAAGAAGAAAGCCCAUGAAAAUGCAUUGAGUAUUACAGCGCAGGAACAAUACUCUAGAAAUAAGAAUAUCGAAGUCAAAGGGGUUCCGCAGGUAGCAAACGAGAGCCUUGAAGGCAUACUCAGCAAAGUGGGCGAUCUGAUAGGUGAACCAAUAAGGAAAGAUGACAUUGAAGUUUGCCACCGGUUGCCUACGCGGAGUGCCGAUUCUGACCCUAACAUUUUAGUCGUUUUCAACAACCGUGCUAAGCGAGAUGCUAUCGUCGAAAGGGCCAGAAAAAGUAGGUUCACUGCAGCAGACAUCGGCUACACGAAAAAGCAGCCGGUCUAUAUUAAUGAGCACCUCUGCCCGCGGCUGAAGAAGCUGCUUGGGAUGACCAUAGCAAAAAAACGGGAACUGAACUGGCGCUUUGCGUGGGCCAAAGGUGGCAAAGUUUUCGCGCGGCAAACGGAAACAUCACGCAUUGUGCGGAUUGCAUGUGAAAUUGACCUAGAAAAAAUGGUCGACCAAACGCCUACUAGCUAA